UUACUAAGAGAUGUGAAAUAAAGAAAAAAAACAUUAAUCCAAGUGUCUGUACUCUAGAACACUGAAUUUGCUACAACAUACACGGAGUACUUUAAUUCACUUGUAUCUGCACAGUUUUAUUGGUGGAUCUGUCUUUGCCAGUUCAUAACCUCGGCCAUUGUUUUGAGCUAUAUCAGGAAAUUGCUCUUAUCUUCCUGUUUUUCCAACUUGGUCACCACUCCCAGUAAAGCCUCAAGUUCCUGCUUGACUCUGUGCAAAAUCUUGUACUGUGCUUGCCUGGCCCCAGGUAUCUCUACAGCACAACGUGAUGGAUGAAUCUCACAAGAAAGAUCAAGUCUCUGACACAUUACUGUUAAGAGAUGCUGGUAAUGGAGGUACUCAGUGUGACCUGUUUCUAAAAUUGCAUGAAGUAAUUUCCUCUCUGGAAUCUUGUGCAUGGUCCUGGAGGAGUCCGUCUGGAAGUGGGUCUGUAGAUGGGAGCGACACCCCUUCAGGGAACACAACACCCUGCGGUGCCAUUAUGACUUUUCCUCUCUUAGCAGGGUUAACUGAGGAGCUUCAGAAGGUGUUUCCGCAUGAUGACAAAUGGUUACAGUCUGAAAUCUCAAGAUAUCGCCAGGAGAACGCAGCCCUGAGAGACAAACUAAGGGUUACAGAUCGAGAGAUUGACAACUCAAAGCUCACCCUUAUGGAAAUGAUGGAAGAGAAGGACACACUGCAAAUACAAAUAAGCAAGCUACAGGGAUAUCUGCAGGAAGAGGCAGUUUUUUCUCUACCCACCUCAAUGUCUUCAAGUCCUGAUUGUGCUGAAUUAUGCAACCCAACUACAGAAACUCCCCUUGCAGUGAAUGACCCACUUUUCAGCAAGCAGGCUCCCAUUUCCACACUGCAAAAUAUGAUUCAGUAUCUUCAGGAUCUCUCUGGUAUCCAGCCUUCAUUGCCAUGUACGCCUGAGCUUCAACCUAGCAACAUGGAAACAGAGAUAGAAUGGCUGAAAGGAAAACUUGACUGCUUGAAGAGGCUAAACGCCCAGCUCUGUGCGACCCUAGAAGAAUGUAAGAGUGACUCUGGGAAACUCAGCAUGCAGCUUGGAAAACUGGAGUCCACUUGCACUGCUUUUCGUCUUGCCCUUCAAUCUAGUGAGAAGUGUCUGAAGGCAUACAGUGUGAUGCUAGCUCUCACAGAAGCAAAAGGAGACAUUAUCCUAGGACAAAUGUCAGAUGGAGACAUCUUGAACUCAGGAUGGAGUUCGCUACCAAAGGAUUUAGAGAUUAAAACCAAACUAUUCAUGAUGGAGGUGAAGAAAACAUUCAGGCAAGAUAGAACCAAAUUGGAAGCAGACAAGGGAGACGCCAGAAGCCCAGCAUUGCCUAGGUUAAUGCCAGCCUUCAGAUUCAGGACAAGAAACAUUCCCUACAUGAAGAAUCAGAUCCUUCUCCACUAUCUGUCUGGGAGCAGAUUUUAUUCACCUUGGCUCAGUGAAGAAGAUGAGCAAAUGUUAAAAAACUAUGUUCAGCACCUAAAGCAAGAUUUUGCAUCCAUCAGUGUUAUGGAAAAUUUGCAGAUGGGGAAAGGUGUCCAUUCAGAAAUUGCUCAUCUUGCUGACAUCAUCAAAACAAAGGCAGACAAUGCCAUUAAGGUGUCAUCAGAAACUUCAACAAGCUGCCCUGAGAGACUACUCAGAGCCCAAAUUGUACAGGAUCUGUUUGAUACCAAAGAAGGGUUAGCUGAACUCAAAGCAAGCAUUCAGUUGCUACAGACAGAGAAGCGAGCACUAGAGCUGCAGAGCUUGUCUUAUCUGGAAGAGGAGAAAGCCUACAUGCUCAUUAGAGAUCAGCUUCAGCAAGAACUGAGUGACUGGGCACAGAAAAAGAAAGAUGAGGAUUCUGGGUUGGAGCAUCCAGGUUAUGGAAGAGCAGCAUUGGGUCACUGUGAGCAGUCUGUUCCUCACACAGAUAUGCAGCGUCUAUUGGAGUCUUUAGCACGGGGCAGUGAAAUGAAGGUUCAUGUGGAAGUUCUCAGCAAAGAAUUGGAUGAGCUAACCUGUCGUGUCCAUGCUCAGAAGGCUCAGUCUGCUAAAAUUAUUAUAGAUUUCUUCAAAGCCCACAGGAAUCUGUUCAUUACAUACCAGAAUGCUCAAAGAAAGUACCAUGAACAGCAACGCAGGCUGGAAUCUCAGGCACAUAUGAUGUCACAGUGUCAUAUACAACAGCUACAUGAUCUAAUGCAAAAUAUCCUAAGCCUGCAAGCACAGCAAACUGCUAGAGAAACAGGCGAGACAUCCCUCUAAGCUGCAGUAGAUCUCCUCCUCCCAAUCUGCAAGGUGAAGGAUGCCAUGAACAUAUUUUACAUAUACGAAAGAGAAUUGUAGUAAAGUCAUUGGGGCUCAUUUAUCAACACUGCGCAAAUUUGCCCAUGGGCAGUAACCCAUGGCAACCAAUCAGAUUGCUGCAUUCAUUGUACUGCUUGCAGCUGGCUUUAAAAAGCUAAUCACUGAUUGGUUUUCCACAAUGAUCCAUUGCUACACCAGUUAUGAAUACACCCCCAGACAAGGGGGCAUAAAGGUAAUUUCUGUCCCACACAGUAUAUGAUAGCUCAAUGGUUUCCAUUUUUUCUCUUGCUUGGUGGGCCAGGAAACCAAUGUACAUUAUGUAUGGGGGUCAGACUAUAAUGCAACUUUUUAGCAAAUAUGUCAGAUGUGUGCAGCCUAAUGCAUUGCUUGGGCUAAUAUUUCUACUUAUAAGUUGAUCUAAGGUGGAAAAAUUUGUUAUUCAGAUUUAUGCCCAUACAGUUACCCAUCAUAAGUAUACAGUCAGCAUUCAAAUGCGAGUUUCCUAGUUUAGGGAUGUUGCUUGGAGAAUCUGUAGACAAACCCCAUGUUGACUUUUGGGCAUGAUUGCCCUACAUAGAUAUCCCUGUUGUGGGAAUUUAAUUUUAUUUAAUCAAAACAAUCAAAAAGCAUUCACUGUUAUGUGUUAUAUAAAAAAUGAUGUCACACAAACCAGUAAAAGAAGAGCCAAAUUUAGGCAUACCUUAAGGGUAAGGUCACACUGGGAGAUUCGGG